AUGGCGGAGGUGGAGGAUUUACCUGUGGUUUCUUCCACUUCGGAAUCCAAAGAGAAUGAUGUUGUUUCAACUAGUGUUUCCAUACUGAUUGUCCUGAUUUCCAUCCUUAAUUUCUCGUGCGUUCUAAUUGCAGAACCCUUACCCCAGAGCGACCAUUUGUCUAUUUCACCGGCACACCUAAGUCGCGAAUAUAGUCAGCAACCGUCUACGACGAAUUCUUCUGUCUCUGGCGGAAAUAAUGGUCUUACAUCAGAACGCCGUCGGAAGCUUCUCGCGGAAGCCGAAUAUCAAAAAACCGAACAGCGACGUUUACAGAUUCUUGAAUCGCAAAAACGAGCCGAAGCUCAACGCGAAAAACAAAAGGAAGAGCGCAAGCGACGUAUUGAGGAAACACGACAACGAGAAGAAGCUCGUCAGCGGAAAGCUCAAGAAACUAAAAAGGAAAUAGAACGCCAAUACAGGGACCAUAUGCAAACUCUGCUUCAGCGUAAUCGCGAGCGCACAGUCGCAAACUCCGAUCAACACCGUCAACCUCCGACCAUAAUGCGUGCCUCUCACAUGCACUCAGGUCCAUCGAAACCAGCCACUGUCUCCUCGGCUUCCAGCGAUCGCAUGGCGACGUCCUUCACAGUGGCCUUUGGCAGUUCAACACCUCGUUCCAUCUGUACGAAGGCUAAUGAAGCUGCUUUGCGUUCACAGGCGGCCUUUGAGGCCAGGCUAGCUAGUUAUUUGAACGGCAGGCAUAGUGGUUGCUUCCUUACCCAAUCUUCAGCUUACACGACGUACGCGCUAUAUGUGAAACCAGACCUGUUGCCCGAGGAUCAUCCUAUCCGAAAGCACCAUCAACAACAAGAACGGCACUCGUAUACAGCGGUGUCACCUGCGCCUCGUCGGGCGGCCUCAGCGAACCCCGGCCUUCAGAGACACAACAUGGCUACUCCGACCCUUGGCAAAGGUAGCCCGAUCACUAGGGCCGGUCGUGUUGGUACGGGUACAACCAGAGCCCCGAGAGCGGCCAGUGCCAGCAGACAACCGCAGCCUCAGUCGAGACCCCCAGAGCGCGCCGCGACUGGAUUACCACCCCUUCGAAAGGCGGCGAGCAUUCAACACUUUGCCGUGCCAACUAUCGCCUACGCGAGCAAAGUGAAGGGUGCUCCACCUCCAGAAAUCCCAACUGCCCGAACCGUAAAGCCGAACUCGGCCACCGAAGGCGUUGGUACUCUUCCACAACGGCGGACUGUUCCAGGACGUUCUGGCGUGUCUCACGACUCAGUCUCGUCCAACAAUCGAGUUGCUGUGCUCAGCCCAACACGCUUCUCAAUCUACAGUUCUCUGACGAGCCUCUCAAAUGACUUUCUCCGCCUUGUUACGGUUGCCAGUGGUGUCACACAACGGUGUGGCGGCGGUCUUGCGUGCACGCUCAUAUCUGUCCGGCUGGCCAGCGUGUCCGCGCGCGCCCGCUCGCUAUACCGCAACACUUUUCUAGGUGACCGUUGUAAUAGCUAUGCGGCGCCGACAACUGCCUCUGCAAACCGGCAAAGAGCUAUAUCCCAUGACCAAAAACAGGCCCACGAUAACUUUUCUUCGGCUUCCUCGACUUCCACGACACUGUCUCACCGCAAACCAUCAGUUCCCAACGCACUCGAAGGACGAGGUCGUUCCCAGAAAAGAGCUGUUCCCACAACGACAGCGAAACCUCCUGAACCCAUAAAAACUGCCUCUAAGCCAGUACCCAACAAGCAGUCCAAACCGGUGCCGAUUAAGAAGCCUGCGACAGUGACACCCGCCGAAACUGGAAUGGCAGCAGAACAGUCCUCGGAGUCGAAGCCGGUGACACCAACUCCUGAUUCGCCACCAGCCGCGAUGCCCUCUGUAUCGCCCGUGGCGUCGACACUUGCUCAGGUGCGGCCUUCUCCUGCACCACCCACGAGCCUCGCAGAGGAACUUGAAAGCACGCAGGCAGAGUUGCCUGCCGAACCACAGCAGGGUCCCCACUCACCGCCUGCAAUGAGUUUGGCCGCUGAGCUCGACUCGGCUGUCUCGCCGCCUCUCGAGGGGACAUCGGUUCCCGAAGAGACACUAGAAGUCGAGGCACCUGCGCAUUCAACAAGCGAAGAGAAGGAGCCGGUGCCUGCCGAAGAUGGACCGGAAGCAGUGCCCGAAGUUACGUCAACAGUGGUGGAUGAUGAUGAUGCUAAUAAAGCGGACCGCAAGCCGAGCGAAGAGGAGCCGUCACCGGCAAAUGUCGUCGUUGCGGCCGCCACGGAAGAGAAGGAGGCCGUUCAGGCACCCCGGAAGCCAACUCCCCCGCCGGGACCACUUCCCAGCGGGCCCAUCAAGGCGUCCACAACAGGUUCCGGCGAGGGCGGGUGCUUGCCUGAGGAGGAAGCCGCCAUUUAUCGUGCCAAGAUGGCUGAACAACGCAGACUCGCGAAGGAACGACUUGCAGAACAAGAGCGGCGAGAAGCUGAAGAAGAAAGGGAACGCAACGAGCGUCGUGAGGCGGAGCGUCAGGCGGCGAUUCAGGCAGCCCGCGAACGCGCCAUCGAAGAGGCGCGUUUGGCCGCCGAGUCGCGCCAGGCCAGGGAGGCCGCGGAACAGGAGGCCCGCCUGCAGGCUGAACGCGAGGCCCAGGAGAGGGCAGCGAGGGAGCGUCAGAGGCUUGAAGCGAUUGAACGCGAGCGUUUGGAGAAUUUCCGCAGGGCCGAAGAGGAGCGUGCAAUGCGCAAGAAGCGUCUGGACAGCAUCAUGUCGCGGGUGAACCGCAGCGAUCGCUCCCUCAGCCGCGGUGUGGCCAACUCAGAGAGCUCCAACAGUCUGCCCGGCAUGAUGACCACCAGUGCUACCAACGCUGGCGGCGAUCAGCCUGCGACGGAAGGCGGGCCGAAACAACCCCCGGUACACUUUUCACUGGGCCAUGGUGUAAGUUCUUCGCGGAUUUGUUGUAAUCGCCUUUUGAAUUCUGCGCAUUACCAACAGUGUCCCCUGUCCAUUCGAUCGCGUUUAUCGUCGAAGCGAAGUGUUCGUGUGAUUAGUCACCACCUGCUUUUUUAUGGGUUCAAGUUCUCCAAUGAUGCCUUCCAGCGGGAACCUGCAGAUUCGUCUACCACCGUUCCCAACCAAAACGGGAUUUCAAACGGUUACCCGAAAUUCACCUCCCCUCUCCUCCAGUCCCUCCUCAGCGGCAGUAACCGAUUCGCCGGCGACUCUGCAGCGUCCGCCGCCACCACUGGUGGCGUCUCCACGGACACAAGGCACGUUUUCAUCGCUUUAUCCUUCUCUAACAUCCAUUAGCUUCCCGAUGAUUCGCAGGAGUCUUCGCAACGUCCCUCUCCAGCCCCCACCAAUUUCCCCAUGGGAACUGUCGGAAAUGGAUCAAACAAUUACACAACAUCCGUUGUGACCGUUCUUCGCCCGCCUUCCUUCGCCGAUCCAUCUUAUACCCGGCCUCGAUCUGUCACUGGCGGGCUCCGUCAUUCGCCUUCGUACGACCCCUCUCCGCGUCACCCCUCCCCCACCUCACCACUUCCCCACACCCACUCUAGUACUCCCUACCUGUGA